AAUAUUCAGAUUGAGUAACAUUAUCAUUUAAAAUGCAAAAAUAUUUAAUUUUGCUAAUGCUUGUUUUUCCCAAGCAAGAUUCCUGGGCAAACGACUUGACAAAGUCGCCAUGUAACCUCGAUUUGGGAAAUCAGUGUGGCGAACAUUGCUUGAAAUCCUUAAAGCCUAUCGUGGCUCAAGGACUUCUCACGCGGGACAAUUUGGAGAUGUGUUUCAAGCAGCAAAUAAAUUCACCAUACAGAAUCGAAAAGAUUAUAUCUCAGAUUGAGAUCACUGAGCAGAAUAUAAGAAAUACCACAACUAAAUGUAUAAAUCCAUUGUUUAAACCAAUCGAAUCACAAUAUUAUUAUAUUGAAAAUACCGAGGCCCUUAAUUGGUAUGGAGCUGCACAAAAAUGCGUUGCGCUUGGCGGCCACCUACUCAAUUUGCAAAGUGCGAAGCAGUUUGAUUUGCUGAAACGCCAUUUGCGUUCCGAUGUUGACUAUUGGACAGACAUCAAUGAUCUCAGCACAACUGACGACUGGGUUUCCCUAACCAGUGGACAUCAGGCAACUCUAUUGAUUUGGAUUGAUGGGGAACCAAAAACGGUUUACAAAAGCAACCAUUGCGUUUACUUACAAGGAACUAAAGAGUGGAAAAUGAAGAAUGACGAAUGCGAGUCGAAGUGCAGGUUUAUAUGCCAGCAUAGUGCUUGAGUUUUCAACAUAACAUCGAUAUGUUUUCAAAUUAUAUAUCCAUUCAACUAAAUUUGAAUAAUAAUUAAAAACUUUAAAUAAAA